AUGGCUGCCAACGGGAAACUGAACCGCUGGCUGAAGAUUGGUCAUGGCCUUGUUUCGGUCCGCCUCCAGGAGCCCACAAUGGCCGUCAGAAUGGGCGGCAUCAUGAUUUCUCAAUGGCCCUUUGCCACACCUUGCCAGCUCUUGAGCCUCUUCUUCUCGCUACCGGGGCCCCAGUCAAUGUGA